CGAUCACCACCACAUUUUCAUGUUAUCCAAACCCUAAUUUCCCGCCAUCACUUUCUAACGCCACAGAAACUCGGCGACUGAUAGUGCGAAAGAUAUGAAGAGACUCACUGCAAUCGGCUUCGAAGGAUCCGCGAACAAGAUCGGAGUCGGCAUCGUAACCCUAGAUGGAUCCAUACUCGCCAAUCCUCGCCACACCUACAUCACACCUCCCGGGCAUGGAUUCCUCCCUCGCGAAACCGCUCACCACCACCUCGAGCACGUCAUCCCGCUUGUCCGCUCCGCCCUCGAUGAGGCUGGCCUAUCUCCGGCGGAUAUAGAUUGUCUCUGCUACACUCGUGGCCCCGGCAUGGGUGCGCCGCUCCAGGUCUGUGCCGUCGCUGUUCGAGUACUUUCGCAGUUAUGGGGUAAGCCGAUCGUUGCCGUGAAUCAUUGCGUCGCGCAUAUCGAGAUGGGCCGUGUGGUUACUGGCGCCGAUGACCCGGUGGUGCUUUACGUUAGUGGUGGGAACACCCAGGUUAUAGCUUAUAGUGAAGGGAGAUACAGGAUCUUCGGAGAAACUAUUGAUAUUGCUGUGGGGAAUUGCCUCGAUAGGUUUGCUAGGGUUCUGACACUUUCUAAUGAUCCGAGUCCUGGAUACAACAUUGAGCAGCUUGCAAAGAAAGGACAACAGUUCCUUGAUCUCCCAUACGUUGUUAAAGGAAUGGACGUUUCAUUUAGUGGUAUCUUAAGUUAUAUUGAAGCUACUGCAAUUGAGAAGCUGAAAAAUAAUGAAUGCACUCCAGCAGACCUCUGUUAUUCUUUGCAGGAAACGGUAUUUGCAAUGCUUGUUGAGAUUACUGAACGCGCCAUGGCUCAUUGUGACACGAAGGAUGUCCUCAUUGUCGGAGGUGUUGGAUGCAAUGAAAGGUUACAGGAGAUGAUGAAGAUAAUGUGCGCUGAAAGGGGCGGCAGGCUCUUUGCAACCGAUGAUAGAUACUGCAUUGACAAUGGAGCAAUGAUUGCUUAUACCGGUCUUCUUGCUUUUGCUCAUGGUGCGACCACUUCAUUGGAGGAAUCUACGUUUACCCAAAGGUUUCGAACUGAUGAAGUUCAUGCAAUAUGGAGAGAGAAAGCUAUCAGCGAUGAAAACAAUAGUGGCAAAUGAUCCAAAAAACUGAAGAUAUAGGCUUAAACUAGAUUGCAAUUGAUUGAAUGUAGCAGAUCAAUGUGCUUCAAGAUACCUGUAAGUUAUGUUGUUCUAUGUAAUACUAACUUAAGUUGCUGUGAUGUGCAUACUUAAGAUGUAAUGUACAUUUUUCCGUAGGCUAUAACGUUUAUUUAUCUUUAACCCGU